CCAUGACAACUUACUCAAGACUUAUCCAAAAUAACUAAACUACUCUUUCUUUCUUAUACUCAAACUUCUCCUAAAUGGACAAGAUAUUUUCCGCUCUUUACCAGUUUAACCUUUUCUAACCAUAAAAGUGGAUCAUUCGUUUUGUAAUAAACCGAAGAUGCUGGAAAUCACCACGAAGAUGCCCAAGAUUCUUCUUUCUCCAACAGCAGGCGGUGAAUCGGAAUCCCCUCGGUGUCAUGCAUCGCCGGUUUUACUUGAGGAACUGAUCUCGAAUAUCCUCCACAGGGUUCCGGUGAGAUCCCUUCUGCAAUUCAAGUGUGUCUGCAAGUCAUGGAAUUCCCUCAUCUCCGAUCCCCUAUUCGCGAAGGACCACCUUUGCGCUUCCACCGCCGAUCCCAACAUGACCCACCAACGGUUACUCUCUUUCACCGUUUGUGACCCCAAAAUCGUAUCAUUUCCUAUGCACUUGCUCCUCCAAAACCCACCCACUCCUGCUAAGCCCCUGUGUUCCAGCAGCUUGAAUGACUCGUACCUCAUUCUGGGUUCCUGCAAUGGCUUACUGUGUCUGUAUCAUAUUCCUCGGUGUUACGUAGCGUUGUGGAACCCUUCAAUCAGAUUCACAUCAAAAAGAUUGCCCACCGGCUUAUCACCUGGCGAGGGUUUUAGUACUUUCCAUGGUUUUGGCUAUGAUGCAGUAAAUGAUAAGUACAAGUUGCUAUUAGCCAUGAGAGUUCUCGGUGAGACAGUGACCAAAAUAUAUACAUUUGGUGCGGAUUCUUCCUGUAAGGUGAUUCAGAAUUUGCCAUUGGAUCCGCACCCGACCGAGCGGCUAGGGAAGUUUGUUAGUGGCACUCUUAAUUGGAUAGCGCCUAAGAUGGGUGUAAGUGAUGAGAAAUGGGUGAUUUGUUCAUUUGAUUUUGCGACGGAGACUAGUGGUCAAGUGGUGCUGCCUUAUGGAGACAGGGACAAUGUUUGCAAGCCUGUGAUAAAUGCGGUUCGUAACUGUCUUUGUGUUUGUUUCUUUGACUCUAGGAAAGCUCAUUGGGCUGUGUGGCUGAUGAAAGAGUAUGGGGUUCAAGAUUCGUGGACUAAAUUGAUGGUCAUUCCUCGUUUUGUUCAAGAAGAUAGUUGGCCCUGGAAAUUGAUCCCUCAUGAUGAGCUCUGCACUUGUAGAGGGUUUCCAGCACUUGAACCCUUGUGCAUUUCAGGAAAUGAAUAAAGGCCUCAGCAAUUCUAGAGGUGAAUGUGCUAUUUGGCUGGUCAUCUGGAGUGCAGUAAUUUUCUGUGUGUGGAAAUUGCGAAAUGAUGCUAUUUUCCGACAAGAAUCAGUGGACAAAAAGAAAUUAGUGGAGGACAUUAAAUUUGUCAGUUGGUCAUGGCUAAACUCUCUGCACUCUGACUUCAAUGCCUCCUUUGUGCAGUGGUCUUUUAAAACUGCAUUUUGCUUGCAGGUUUUUUUUGUGAGAGACACUAACUGUAAGGCUCGAUCUAUAUCAGUAGGUUCUUUGCACUUUCAGGUUUUGGUAUUGGGGAUCCUUGGGAAUAAAGUGAAUGGAUUCAUAGGUGCUAGGUGUUGGUAUGUGAAGCUUACAUUCAUGCACAUGGAAUCUAGAGAGGUUUGCAUUUUGAGGUGCCUUAUAUCAUGCGUUCAGUUUUGAUAUUCCCUGUUGUGUGUGAGUAGAAUGUCAUUUAAAAAGCUGUAUCAUGUGAGUUGGUACAUGCAGGGUCCCUUCUAUAGGUUAUUUACACAUUAUGGCUACUUUGGGCUUUAAUUUGUUACGAACCUUUUAGUUGGCUUCUCUGGACCUGUGUAUGUAUCAACACUUUGUAAGAUGGAUCCUAUUUGUUUGUUCGGUACCUCUGGAGGUACUGUUAUGAUGUAUUAUCCCUUUUUUGCUGAGCAAAAAGAAAACCUGGAAAAGGGUAAAAGGAAGGUGAGGUAGGAUGUGCAAGAUGAAACACUGUUGCAUAGGUUGCCCUUUUUGGCGUUGUAUUCAUUGUCACAGUCUAGAUGUUUGUUGUUUGUACUCUUGUUGGGAAUUGGAUUUUGGAAUGAAGUGAGGAGGAGGAGUAACAGUGUUACGGUGGUGGCGGCUCACAGGAUAGGCUAUGCAUCAUCUAAAGUAGCUUUUUCCUGGAGAUUUCUCUUGGACAGGAUUCAGACAAAAAAGAAUCUUAGGAAGAGGAAAAUGGGGAAGGUUGAUGGAUUAAACUGUCUGUUUUGCCAACAAGCUGAGGAAUUUGCUGAACAUCUGAUGUUCUCUUGCAAGUUUUCAUACCAGGUUUGGAAGGAAUGUUACUCAUGGAUAGGAGUAAAAGUGGUGCUACCUAAAGAUCCUAAAAGUCAUUUCUGGCAUCAUAGUGGUUUUAUUGCAAGGAAGAAAGCUUGGUGGGUAGUGUGGUUAGCAGUAAUUUGGUCUACAUGGCUACUUCUAAUAUUAUUUUCAAAUAAGAGGAGGGAAAUCUUCAACAGGUGAUGGAUUUAAUCAAACUCCGAUCAUGGUCAUGGAAUAAGACAAAGAUGGAUGCAUUUUAUUGUUCUUACUAUGAAUGGUCUUUUGAACCAAUGUUCUGCUUAAAAAAUGUGCAAUAAUGAGAUAUGCAGGGAUGUGUGUUUCCUCCCGGGCACAGACUCAUGUCAUAUGAAGGCUCUAUAUGGAUGCAGAUACAAUUUUGGUUUCAUAUCACGACACAAAGCAGAUAUUGGUAAUUCUGAUAUUUGACAGCAGGGCCAGUAUUGAUGAACAGGAAUAGCUCCAUAGAAUUGAACCAUAUAUGCUGUAACUGGUUGGUAAUAUCAGAAUAAAAGCUCAAGUGAUUCAGCAGCUUAUUCUCUAGGAGGUAUUAUCUAUUUGGUGAGUGGAUUAACUCAGGCAGUGUCAAUUGAAGGGAGCAGCAGAUGAGAAGACUAUUAGAGGAAUGAAUUGUAGUUAGAGGAACCGGGAUGCUAAUGUUAUGUAAUUAGUAUAGGACUUGAUGUUAUAAUCCUGUAGAAUAGUGUUAUGAUUGCAGGAAUGAACUUUUUUGUAAUAGGGAUGGGUACCCCAUGUACCCCAGUUAAGAUACUUUGACUUUUUGGCUUAUAGAAAAACAAAAACCUAGAGGGAUGCACCUUACAAGAACCCACCAGCAAAGGACUACUUACACUCAAAUUAAAGGAAAAGAGGAGAAAAAGUAUAUUCUUAACCAAGGCCCGAUUCCUGGUGGUUUCAAGGUUUUUAGUUUUGAAAACAAAAUGUGCUCAGACAAAAUGGGGUUGAAUUGGCUUUUUACUUAAUUUUAAAAUAGUUUUCAUCUGAAAAAUAAAAAUAGGUUUUUUGAUUCCUA